AUGGUGGCCGGUCGGAGAAAGCUGCACGAAUUCCUGCAGGUCAUCGAGUUGACAGAUGACACGUGGCGGAGCAGAGUUGAAGAGUACAUUUUCCUUUUUGAAAUCUGAUAAAAAACCGGAGUUUUACAGCUUUGUCUGUGAAAACUUCGAUGAGAAGGCGGAGAAGAAGCGAAAGCCGCUGUUUUCCGUUGGAGAAGACGAAGAAAUUGAUGAUUUGCCGGCAGAGACGUGCGAAACGGGUGUCCAGUGCAAACGAGACACCGAACAGUUGGAAAUAGACAAAAGUCAACGGAGUUUGGACGACAUUAGCCGGGAUUGGAAAGAAUGUACGGUAAAAUGUGAGGCUUUCUAGUUUUUCAAGUAUUUCAGGUAGAACUGUGACUCCUGGAGAGACUGUUCGUCUUUUACGGAGAGGACACGCCAAGACCCGAGAGUUGGAGAGCCGAUUUCCAGCCGAACAGGCCAUUGCCAUUCGGAGAGCGUUCAUCAACAAGCCCCUUGAUAAUCUUCCAUUCUUAGGAUACGAUUACACAUAUGUAAGAGCUCCAUCGAAUCCAAUCAUUCAUUUUUGAAUGGUUCAGGCAAUGGAGUCAUGUUGUGAGAACGUGGUCGGCUUCACGCCCGUUCCAGUCGGAAUGGCGGGUCCUUUGACUAUCAACGGAGUCUCGGACAUCUUUGUUCCGAUGGCCACGACAGAAGGAGCUCUUAUUGCAUCCACAAAUCGGGGAAUGAAUGCGAUCCGAGCGGCCGGUGGAGUGGAAACGAGGAUCAUUAGCUCCGGAAUGACCAGAGCACCAGUCGUCAAGUUCAAGAGAGCCAAGGAUGCUGUGUAAGCUUUUAAAAGAUACUAUUCAAAAUCACCCUUCACUUAUCUUUUUCAGCGCUCUCAAACUGUGGCUCGACGAGCCGACCAACGAGGAAAGAAUCCGUCGCGAGUUCGAAUCAUGCUCCCGCUUUGCCAAACUCAAAUCCAUCGACGUGACCAUCGACGGAAAGCUCGUCUUCCUCCGAUUCGUCGCUUUCACCGGCGACGCGAUGGGAAUGAACAUGAUUUCAAAAAGCUGUGACGCCGCAAUGCGCUUCCUUCUAGAAAACUUUCCCGAUAUGAAAGUUAUGGCGUUGAGUGGCAAUCUGUGUGUGGACAAGAAGGCAGCGGCGAAGAACUGGACGGAAGGACGAGGUCGCAAUGUCGUUGCUGAUUGUGUGAUCCCACGAGAUGUCGUUACGAAGACUUUCAGAACGACGCCGAAAGAUUUGGAGGAACUGGCGAUAGCCAAACUUCAGAUAGGAUCAUCCCGUGCCGGUACUAUCGGAGGUUCGAACGCCCACGCGGCGAACAUCGUCGCCGCCAUCUUCAUUGCCACUGGACAAGACGCCGCUCAAGUGGUCUCUUCCUCAAUGUGCUCCACCCAAAUGGAAGAGGACGAGGACGGAAAUCUCUACGUGUCGUGCAGUCUUCCGUGCGUGGAAGUGGGCACUGUCGGCGGAGGAACCAUUCUCGCGCCUCAAAGAUCGGCACUGGAGAGCCUGGGAUGUGCAGGUCCGAAUCGAGAACGAGCCGGAGAGAAUGCCGAGAGACUUGCUCAGAUCAUUGCCGCCACCGUACUCGCCGGAGAAUUGUCGUUGAUGGCGGCGCUGGUGACGCAAGACUUAGUAGCCAGUCAUAUGAAAUUGAACCGGUAUAAGAUAUUCAGAAGAUUCCCGUGAAAAAUAAAGUGAUUUCCAGAUCAAAACAGCAGAUCUACGAAACGGAGCCGUCCGAACGAGCGUCUCCGUUCCAGGUUGAAUACGAACGAGCAGCCAAUCAGCUGAGCGUGGGCAAAGGAAUCAAACUGAAGCGGCUGCCGCAGGACAUUGUUCAGUGCUCCAACAUCCUCUAA